AUGUCGCUCACCCUCAACCUUCCCUCGACCUCGCUCGCCGCGUCGCGCCCCGUCGCCCGCGUCGACGCCCACCCGGUCGUCCUCGCGACCAUCCUCGACGCCCACCUGCGUCGCACCACGUCCCAGGACCGCGUCUUUGGUACCCUACUCGGCGUCCGCUCCGACACGGACAACUCGGUCCACGUCCGCUCGGCGUUCGCCGUCCCGCACGAGGUGCGCGGCAAGGGCCAGGUCACGAUCGACAUGGACCACCACCGUGCCAUGGUCGACUUGCACACCAAGGUCCACCCGCGCGAGCACGUCGUCGGCUGGUUCGCCUCGUCGAGCCACCUCAACUCGUUCUCGGCCCUGAUCCACAACUUUUACGGCUCCGAGUCCAACCCGCACCCGGCCGUCCACCUCACCCUCGACCCGGAAUCGCUCGCCUUUGCCGCCUACGUCUCGGCCCCGCUCGGCGGCAACGCCCAGACCCAGGGCACGGCCGGCUCGGGCGCCCACCUCGCCUUCCUCCCCGUCGACGCCGCCCUCGAGGUCCCCGAGCACGAGCGACCCGGCCUCGACCUCUUGUCCCGCAACCUCUCGGCCCUCUCGACCGAGCUCCAGCACCCCCUCGCCCCCGAGACGGUCGCGCCAGACUACGUCCCCGGGUCCGCCCUCGCGAGCCUCGCCCAGCUCCUCGCCCGCGUCGAGUCGAUGCUCGACCUCGUCCUCGAGUACGUCCGGGCUGUCGCGUCUGGCGAGCGCGAGGGCGACGACAAGGUCGGCCGCGCCCUCCUCGAGACGGUCGGUCACGUCCCGAGGGCCGCACCCGUCGACGAGGCGCAGGAGGGCGCCGUCGCGGCCAAGGACGGCGACCGCAAGGACUUUGAGGAGGAGUUCAACUCGCACCUCGCCGACGUCCUCAUGGUGAGCUACCUCGCCAACGUCAUCAAGACCCAGGCAGAGCUCUCGUCCCGGCUCAACCUCGUCGUCUAGAGCCCCCUCCUCUCUAUUUUCUCGUCCCCCUUUGCGCUCAACGUGCCCACAGAAGGCGCUCUCGUACUCCCCUCCCCCUCCCCGAAAAGCCUUCAUGCACCCGCACUAGCCCCUCCUCGCUCCCCCUCUUUCUCCCACCCUCGUUGUCGCAUCCUCCGUCUGCCCGUAGAUGUGCGACCCUCUCAGGCAACCUGUACUUUCUCUCGGUC